AGCACGGUCCGUUAGCCUCCGGUCGGCUAGCAGCUCGGAGCUCCGUGGUUCUACAGCCCGGCAAAGUCCGGUAAGAGUCGGUGAAGUUCGGAGAACUUCGGAGGAAUGUCGGCGGAUCUGGACCGGACUCCCCGGAACCUGCUGCUGUGUGAUCGGUCCAGUCUGCUGGACCAGAAGAACCGGCUCAGUGCGCAGGUGCAGCAGCUGCACUUCGGCUACAAGGUGUCUGUCUUGCUGCCUGAGUGUAGCUCUGCCCCCUCCCAUCUGGAUUCGGUGUUGAGCAGUUUCAGCAGCUUCUACCUGAUCAGGAAGCUGCCCAUAUAUGAACUACUGGACUCAGACUUCCUGCAGAAGGCCGUGUACCCAGGUGGUGUGUACGGUCUGUCGUACAAAACCAGGAUCGAUGAAGAUAACUGUGUCGCUCUGAUGCCAAACGGUCGCCUGUGUCUGUCUCUGGAUAAGGACUCCUUUGAGGUGUUGGGGUUUGAAGGGAAGCCGUCCAGAUUCAACCACAGGAGCAGAAGCAGAUUCGUCGUCUCUGUCGACCUGACUGACAACAACGUGGCACCUGGUGGGCGGGGCUACCUGAGGCUCGUCACAGGCCUGAAGUCCCGCCUUCAUUUGCAGACGGACUUCCUGCUGUCGCAUCAUCCAGGGGGCAGGGCCUGUCUGCAGCCCCUCCUGUCGCGAUACGAUUGGUCGGAGCACACACCUGAGGUCAGCCGCUGCCACUUGACCCACUUGUCCUGCCCCGCCCCUCGGUCAUGUGACCCUCACAGCCUCCUGGACUGGCUGGGAGCUGUGGAUGCUGGUGUCAGCAGGGAGGACUCGUCCAGCAGCUUCCUCUCCUCGCUGGCGUGUCCCGACCCGAAGACAACACUGGGCGGCGCUCUGAGGGUGUCGGUCUGCGGCCUGCUGCUGCCUCCAGACGUCCAGCGCCUCAUCCAGGAGCUCAGGCGUUACCUGGAGCAGCCUCUGUUGGAGUCCUGGGUGUCUCUGACGGUCCAUGGGUUUAUGGACAGUCCGGUGUCAUGGGGGGACGGUGAGCACGGCGUCCUGAGGGGCGGGGAGAACUUCUACAACCUGCUGAUGUUCCAGGACCACACCUACCAGCUACACCUAGCCACAGGAGCACACGACACCUGUCCACCCUGACACCUGGUGACACCUGUCUACCCUGACACCUGUCUACCAGGUGACACCUGGCGCUGUCCUUUGUAUGAGUUUCAUUGUAGAAAUGUUUUGGGUUCCAGGUUCUGUUGUGUUCUUUGUAAUAAAGUUCUUUCAGUGAAUAAAACUGCAGUAACUUUAAACCUGA